UGUCAGCAGGCACAAGAAUGAGCAGUGAGCAAACAGCUGCACUGGUCGCACCACACCGUCACACAGGUCAGGGAGACGGCGGCAACACAGGCACCCAUGGACGGACUGCUGAGUGGCUGUGUGAUCGCCUUGGCCGUACUGCUGAACGUGGCUCCACAGGUGCUGUGCCAGCCGUGUGACAGGCCAUGCCACUGCCCCGCUCCGCCCCCCCAGUGCUCCGCAGGCGUCCCCCUGGUGCUGGACGGCUGCCGCUGUUGCCAGGUGUGCGCUCGGCAGCGGGGCGAGUCGUGCACGGAGAUGCUUCCCUGUGAUGCCCAGAAAGGACUGCAGUGCGACUACAGCGCCAGCUUCCCUGGAGACCCCGGGGAGUGUGUCAGUCAGGAGGAUCUGGGCUGCGAGGUCAACGGCAUCACCUACCAGGAGGGCCAGUCCUUUCAGCCCUCCUGCGACACGUACUGCCGCUGCAGAGGUGGAGGGGUGAGCUGCGUGCCCGCCUGUCCCCUCAACAUCCGUUUUCCCUCUCCCGACUGUCCCAAGCCACAGCUGGUCCGGCUGCCGGGGAAGUGCUGCCGGGAGUGGGUGUGCGAAAACCUUGACAAUACCGUCAUCAAGGAUGCCAUUACAGCCAUGAGACCAGACCGGCUGUGGCCGACCCUGCCGAGGGGUCACCCUCUGAGGCCGCCGGUCCCACCCGCCGCCCCCUGCACGGAGCAGAGCACCCAGUGGAGCGCCUGCUCCCAGAGCUGCGGCGCCGGGGUCUCCACCAGGGUCUCCAACCAGAACCCGGCCUGCAAGCUGCAGAUGGAGACUCGACUUUGCAAAGUGCGGCCCUGCCACGCUGUUCAGCCCACGCCCAGGAAGCCCCUGAGGGGACAGCAGGGCCAGUGCCAGGCCAGUUACACGUCACCCGGGCCCAUCCGACUGGUGCACCAGGGCUGCUACAGCACUCGGGCCUACCGCCUGGUGUACUGCGGACAGUGCACCGACUCCCGGUGCUGCACGCCCUAUCAGACCACCACCGCUGAGGUGACCUUCCGCUGCCACACCGGCAGACUGCUGCAGCGGCCGGUGAUGAUGAUCCACUCGUGUGUCUGUCACAACAACUGCCCCUACGCACCGUUCACCAACCCCGCCCUGUGGGGGUUCAGACCCUGACCUCAGACCCUGACCACCGACUCAGUGAGACGCUCCAGCCAACUGACCGGAUACGGAGAGAAACCUCACGCAUCAACAAGAGGAUUCAUACAAAAGCAUGGCAAACUGUGACUGUGCUGGGAUGAGCGCUGAUCUUCACAAACUCUGACAGACCGUCUGCACUUAUGUAGAACUCAUUCAUACAGCAGCGAGAGAGACUACUGGAAACCAAGAACUGUUUGAGUCUUUUUUUGGGGGGGGCAUAUUUCGGCCUCAAAAUAUGGCAGAGGUAUGUAUCCAAAUACAAAGUGGUUAACCUAUUAUUCUCCCACCUUUUACUGCUCUAGCUGCUGCCACUAUCAGUAAAAGGCCCUGAUAAACAUGGGGAGGUAUUCUACCCUUGAUAAUGGCCAGUUGUUCAGGCCCCAAGGGCACGAAGCACAAAGCAACCCAAAACCAUGAUGCUCCCUCCACCAUACUUUGUCCUCUGAAUGGUAUUUUUUGUUUUUUGGGUGAUGGUUUUUGGGGAUAUUACCUUAAACACAUUGAGUUUGUAUUUAUAGAGACCAAACCAGGCAAUGCAGAAAAUGAAGAAAUUCAAAGGUUGACAUUCUGCUCUUGCUACUGAAUUUCUGCCACUGUACUUCUGCUGCUUGGAGAGUAUUAUCCUCCCAGUUGUUCCAUCCAAGAGUAAUCAUUGCUUUAUUUUCAGUACUUAGCAGAUUUUACCUCAAAUGACAAAAAAGGAGAUCAGUGGAGACAGAAAUGUCAAUGAAAGACCAAAAGUGAAACUAUUUUGCACUUAUUCGGCUUCUUUAGUUUUUCUUUUCUCCUUCGAUUCACCACAAAAAACUUUUUUGUGUGGAGACGCCCUGUGAGUCAACAGUGACAGUUUUCUUUAAAUAACUCUAUUUUGUUACCUAAAAAAGAAAGAUUAACCUCUAGUUUUCAUUUGCAUUGGGCUGUAUGCCUUGAAUUAAAAAAAAAAACAUUAAUAUACUCAUUUCAUUUUUUGUAUUUGAACAGUUUGCAUAAAACAGAAUUUAACCUCAGAUUAUCACCUGCUGAUUGAUAAAAAGUGUUAAAGCCUUAUUUAUGAUCAGUAUUUAUGUCUUUUGGAGCAAAGUUAAGUAGUUAUCUCUCUCUUUUUUUAAAUGUUCUUUAUAAAUCUUUGAAAUUUGAAAUUUUAUUGAAAGGAUAGCCCCUUGUGAUGGACCAUUUCCACUGGGUUCUUAAACUCAUUUAAAAAUCAAACACAUACAAAGAUACCCCAUCUUGUCCUACCACUCUUACAUACGGGAUUAAAAGUGGAAAACUGCAACCAAAAACCUGUUGCAGACACAGACAGUGUGAUGAUCAGUAAAUAAAGAAUCAUUUUAGGAAGCAGAGAAAAUUAACAAUCCUCACUGAUGGACAUUUAAAAACUAAAUCCAAUUUCUUUCAUUCUUCCUGGGAUAAAAUGACUCCAACGUUCGUGUUGAUAGAUGUCUGUUCUGAAAAUUUUAACUUGUACAGUUUUGUAUGUGUGUUUAAUUAUGGAUAAAAUUGCACUUAUGCAUUUGUCACAUUGUAAAUAAUUUGAAGCGGUUGUGAAAACAUGUUUGUAUCGUAUGUCCUGCAAUUGUACGUCAGAUGAAAUGAACUUUUCUUAAUUUCUCUGUUCAGAUUUUAUAUUUGUCUUGUACAUAUUUGCUCUACAGUUUACUUCAUCGUUCAUAAAAAAACAGUUUGAAAUACA